AUGUUGCGGCAUUCUGGACUGAGGAAGAAAAAAAUCAGAAACUGCUGCUGCCAAGUAGAACAAGGCUCCGCUGUCCAAUCUGCUCAUUAUGGUGGAAGCAGAUUUCAAUGUGUACAAAUAUUGGUUCACUGUGGUAUAUGGAAUGAGAAGAAGCAGAUUCGACUCGGUCGCAUUUUUAUACUUGCGAAGCACCACCAACAUUUCAUCAGCAAAAUCAGGGUUUAUUUGAACCUUGUUGUCGAUUUCGGUCAUAUAGUCCAAAAAGCAAUUGGUAGUAUGGGAAUAAUGGCGAGAAUAUGGAAGAAGCGAAUACUCUCGAUGAAGAAAUAUUACUGCGUAAUCAUUUUCCAAAAAAUAUUCGGCAGAAGUAGCUCCUCUGGUUCCUGCACUGAAAUUGUCAAUGAAUCUUACUGUGUUAUUUUCAAGCGGAACCGUAGUUCCUCCAGAAGUCACUAA